UUUAAUGCUUAUACACCCACACAUUUCUUAUUAGAGCAAUACCCAGCAACUUCUUUUGACAAUUUUCGAGAUUAUCUUCACAUGUGAUAUUAUUUCAUUUGAUUGAGCAAAAGCUAGUAGCCAAACCAACAAAUUAGCAGCAUGGCUUUUCAUGUUUCUGUAAAGUUUCAAUGUUUCGUGUUGUUAAUAUGGCUGCAAUUAGUAUCUUCAGAAAUACCGACGAAUGCUUCCCGACCAAUAGCCAAGCCUGGUUGUGUAGAUAAGUGUGGGAACGUUAGCAUACCCUACCCUUUCGGUAUCGGUGACGGUUGUUUCCUAGAAGAAUGGUUCGAAUUAAGAUGCAACAACAGUAUCCUGGUCGAUCAUCCAAAGCCAAUAAACGGUGGCUUGUAUGUCUCAGAAAUAUCAUUAGUCGGGGGCUACAUGAUAACCGAUGUCUCCAUCUCCACUGAUUGCUCUAGAAACAAGAUACGAAAUUUUAAUUACUCGAUUACCGACUCCUUUUCCGGAAAAUUCACCUUCUCUUCGUCGAAAAACAAGCUCACAGCUAUCGGCUGCAACAGCUGUGCGUAUUUAGGACUAAACAGUAGAUUUUUUCCUGCUGCAGGAUGUAUGUCAAUGUGUAAUACAGUGGUAAAUUCCAACAAUGGGUCUUGCGCUGGUAGUGGUUGUUGCCAUGCCUCUAUUCCAACUGGAUUAAAGGAAUUUACUUUGACAAUUGGAUACUUAAAUGAAAUGCAUCCUGAAUCGAGUUUCAACCCAUGUACUUAUGCUUUUCUACAUGAAGAGAGUUCAUUUAAAUUUUCCACUUCAUAUCUGAAAAGCUUCAAAGCUAAUGGAACAGAAAGUGUUCCUGUGGCUAUUGAUUGGAAAGUUGGUACCGAGACAUGCGGGGAAGCUCAGAGAAUUUUGAAGACCUAUGCCUGUGGACCUAACACUGAUUGUAUUGAUUCUGUAGAAGGCAUAGAUCCCCCAGGAUAUCUAUGUCAGUGUGAAGGCGGCCAUGAAGGAAAUCCUUAUCUUAACAGUACUACCGGUGGUCAUUGUCAAGAUAUCGAUGAAUGUGAAGCAUCAUCAAACCCGUGCGUGACGGGGAUUUGUAUAAAUACAAAGGGGGGCUUUGAAUGUCGUUGUCCAGAAGGAGAGGUUUUACUUGCAAAUUUAAAUGACGGGAUAUCUUAUUGUUCUCGUCCACCAUUAAGUAAAGUUCUAGUUGCUGCAAUUGUAUCAACAGCUGCAAGCAUACUUAUAAUACUUAUUCUUUGCGUGGGCUAUUGGUUAUACAAAAGAAUUCAGAAGAGGAAGCAAAUUAAACUGAAGCAAGGCCACUUCAAGAGAAACGGUGGGUUGUUAUUAAAGCAAAAGAUCACUUCGAACGAUGGUAAAGUUGAAAGCACGGCCAAAAUCUUUGUAGCCGAAGAAUUAGAGAAGACGACGGAUAACUUCAACCCAAGCAGAAUCAUUGGCAAAGGAGGCUUUGGUACUGUUUUCAAAGGCAUGUUAUCCAAUGGAGAAAUAGUUGCCAUUAAGAAAUCUACAUUGGUGGACGAAACCCAAGUUGGUCAGUUCAUUAACGAGGUUGCUAUUCUUUCGCAAAUCAAUCACAGGCAUAUUGUUAAAUUGUUAGGUUGUUGCUUAGAGACCCAAGUUCCCUUGUUGGUAUACGAGUUUGUCCCUCACGGAACACUCUCAUACCAUCUCCAUGAAGGUGAUAAUGAGUCGUUACUUUCAUGGAAGGAUCGUGUAAGGAUAGCAUCUGAGAUAGCAGGAGCACUUGCAUAUUUACACUCACAGGCGUCUAUGCCAAUCUUUCACAGAGACAUAAAAUCCACCAAUAUACUCUUGGAUGAGAAAUACAAGGCAAAGGUCUCUGACUUUGGAAUUUCUAGAUCAGCACAUAUAGAUUCAACCCACUUAACCACACGUGUGCAGGGAACCUUCGGUUACUUAGACCCUGAGUACUUCCAUUCAAGCCAGUUCACCGAUAAGAGUGAUGUCUAUAGCUUCGGAGUAGUCCUUGUGGAGCUUUUAACUGGAGAAAAGGCAAUCUCUAAAAUCCGAGAAGAGGGUUUAGCAUUAUAUUUCAUAAAAUCACUUAAAGAAAACCGUCUAUCAGAAAUAUUAGAUGCUCGAGUUCUUAACGAAGGAAACACUGAUGAUGUUUUGAUUGUCGGUAAACUUGCCGAAAAAUGCUUGAAAUAUGUUGGAAAGAAAAGGCCGACUAUGAGAGAAGUAUCACAUAGUUUGGAGGGGUUGCAUGAGAAAUUUUCAAAAGAUUCAGUGUAACCUUCAAAACUCCGACAAAAUGAAUUGCAUCGGAUGUAAUUCAGCAGUUCAGUCAGCACCCUUUCUUGAAUUAUAUUAUCAUUGUUGUUUUUGCUUGUUUUCGUAUGAUAAUUGCUAGCUUCAUUGACUUGAUGGAAAACCAAAGGAUGAAUUGAGUGAGGUAAUGAUGGCUUCAUGGUGAGUACCAAGAAGCCUUAUCAACUAGACUUGCUUAUUAGGUUUAGGACCCAUCGAUUGGGUUGUGUAUCAUCCUAGAUUUUCAUUUUAAGAAAUGUAAUAGUUAGCAUCGCUUCGAUCAUUUGAAGUUGAUCCUUAUUUUCUUGUGUA